AGGAUGGGCACCCCUGCGCCGGUGAGGCUCGGCGGCGGCGGCUGCGCGGCCGGCCGCCCGUGGGCAGGUAUAAACUGCAGAUUCAUUCACCCACAGUUGAGCGAAGUAAAGAAUCAUAUGUGAAAGGGAAGCCACAUAAAUACAGCUUCGCUGCAUCUGAUGGCAUCACUACCGCAACUGGAAAAAGCAAGCAACACUAAAGUGUGGCAGAAGGAAGUGCAGCUUCUUUACCUUUGCAGAAGAGUGACAGAAUUAUGCAAGAGAGCAAUGGGGGGUAUUUGACACAUUAAACCACUUAGUGGACAAAGGAAGCUUCUGUUCCUCAACAGGAACAUGGACCUGUUUGCUCUCAGAAAAUGCAAGUGCUGUAAGCUCUGCUAAUAUGAUUGUCUCUUUGUGCUUGUGUGUGAGAGCCCUAUAGUUCUGCUGGGACUGAACAGCUUGGUACAUGUUCAUAGGGGCCAAAUAGUGUUCCUUUUCUCCUUCCCCUGAACAGUGUUCCUGUCAUGAGAGUAACUGCAGCUCCUCCUUAGAAGCCUGAUCUCCAGAUAGUCCUGCUGUACCAUGGGAUGUAGGCAAAGUUCGGAGGAGAAAGAGGCAGCGCGGCGGUCCCGGCGAAUUGACCGCCACCUGCGCUCUGAGAGUCAGCGGCAACGACGUGAGAUCAAGCUCCUGCUCCUCGGCACCAGCAAUUCAGGCAAAAGUACCAUCGUCAAGCAAAUGAAAAUUAUCCACAGUGGUGGGUUCAAUUUGGAGGCCUGCAAGGAAUACAAGCCUCUGAUUAUUUACAACGCCAUUGACUCCCUCACGCGCAUCAUCCGUGCUCUGGCUACCCUCAAGAUCGAAUUCCACAAUCCCGACCGAGCCUAUGAUGCGGUGCAGCUUUUUGCAUUAACGGGACCUGCAGAAAGCAAAGGAGAGAUCACACCGGAGCUGCUUGGGGUCAUGAAAAGACUCUGGGCUGACCCCGGUGUGCAGGAGUGCUUCUGCCGUUCCAACGAAUACCACCUGGAGGAUAAUGCUGCCUACUACUUGAACGAUCUAGAGAGAAUCGCCUCCUUAGACUACAUCCCUACUGUUGAAGACAUUCUGCGCUCUCGGGACAUGACUACUGGGAUUGUGGAAAAUAAGUUUACUUUCAAAGAGCUGACUUUCAAAAUGGUGGAUGUGGGUGGUCAGAGGUCUGAACGCAAGAAAUGGAUCCACUGUUUUGAGGGGGUUACAGCAAUAAUUUUCUGUGUGGAGCUGAGUGGAUAUGACUUGAAGCUGUAUGAAGAUAACCAAACAAGUCGAAUGGCAGAGAGCCUUCGCCUAUUUGACUCCAUUUGCAACAACAACUGGUUUAUCAACACCUCCCUUAUCCUCUUCCUGAAUAAGAAGGAUCUGUUGGCAGAAAAAAUCCGCCGUAUCCCGCUAACAGUCUGCUUUCCUGAGUACAAAGGCCAAAACACUUAUGAGGAAGCAGCUGUCUAUAUCCAGCGUCAGUUCGAGGACUUGAAUCGCAACAAGGAGACAAAGGAGAUCUAUUCACAUUUCACUUGCGCCACUGAUACCAGUAACAUCCAGUUUGUGUUUGAUGCGGUGACAGAUGUCAUCAUUCAGAACAACCUCAAGUAUAUUGGUCUUUGCUAAGGACACUUGCAAAUAAGUCUGAUUUCUUAAAGGAAUGCAAAAGAGGUGAACUAGCUCCACUUUCAGUGGAAACAAGGCAGUACUUGGAAGGGAGCAAUCUGAAGCAUGUUUGCAAAUCUCUUCAACUGCCUACUCACACUUUUGCAAAAACAAAUGUCUUCAAGUGUGCAUACAUCCCACAAAAUAGUGAGAUUUUGAACUGUAUGGAAGUGCUUUCACUACAGUCUUGUCCUCACUGGAUCAUUCUAUUCAUUGCAUUUAUUUUCCUAGAGAUGGUGGAGCUAUUAUGUUCUCUGUGUAAUCAAGCAGUGCAUUGUUGUUACUGUCCUAGAAACCAUGUUGCUGUUGGGAAGAGCCAGGGCUGCUGAGAGGGAGGCAGGGCUGCACUGCAAGGCCCCCACACUGCGAGAAGACGAGCACUUCCAGACUAGUUGAUAGAGAACUGGCAGAUCUGAGUCAAGUGUUCCUUAACCACAUUCUAGUACACAGCUUACAGUUCAUAUACAAUGGAUCAUGUAUAUAUUCAGGCACAUAACUUGCAAAAAGAUACCAAGUAUGUAUUUGGUAUACAUGUUAUGUUUGCAUCAUGGUUUAUUGUGACUAUUCUGCCUGCUGAAGGAACUGAUAGUGCAGAAUAACUCCAUGAGUUCUCGCCCUGACCUCUAGCCCUUCCUGCUGUUCAGAUUCAAAAUAUGCAGCAAAAAUAAUACAUGAAUGGAAUUAAUGAAUAAAAGACUAGGCCAAAAUUACAGUCAGUGUUUGUUCUACUAGUGAGAAAUUUUAUACAUUGAAAGUUUUCUUUUACAUCCUUUUUUGCCAAAUAAUUGUGCUCUUUCACAAAAACUCUAAAAGUUUAAUAAAUGGUUGAGGUUUUUUUUUAAUGCAGAUAUUGAAAGUAUAAGUUUUUUUAAUUGUUUUGUGUCUGGAUUUUACAAGUGUGCCAAUGGACAAUUGUAUCCCAUUGCUCCAAGGAAAUCCUCUGAAGUAUGGCAACAUUAACAGCUUUCUUAACACAGGAGCCAAUGAAACUGUAUAAUAAUAUAGCCUUUUAAGUCUUUUUUUGUGUUUAUUUUUUAAAAAGUGCUGUAAUUAUUAGGUGAACAGAUGAGUGCUAUGAACAAUAUUUAAAUGUCUCGAUAUUUAAAUUUUUUAAAUGUGGUGGAAUUAAAGAAAUGGAAAUGAUGCAUUUCUCAGCUCCCUUCCAUCCUGUAUGCAAACAAUAUGGGAUGGUAUAGUAUUCUAGCAAAUUUACAGUUCAGUUUGAAUGCCUGAAAAGCUCUCUGCAACUUUACUGGAAAAUCUAACAUAGGUCAUAUGACCAGUGAUACCUUCUCCCACUCAUACCCUGCAAGAGACUUCUUCCAUUCUUCAGUGUAAACUAAAUGUGUAAAUAUACAUUCAAGAACUGUAAAGCACAUAACUGCACUCCUCUGCCUCUCUCACACACUGCCUGCUCCCUCAUUCAAUUUCCCAGCUGUAUGAAGACUGGUGAGAAGUCUCAGCCAAGGGCUUUAAGAAAAACAUGAGAGAAAAUAAUGAAUGAUGACCAAGUU